AUGGCGCCAGGUUCUCGGCUAGCUCUGGGUCCAAUCUACCUGAUUGCUAUUCAAGUGGUCUCUCGUGGCCUCACAUUCCUAGCAAACCAAAUUCUCCUGAGGCACAUCACGCCUUAUGCCUUCGGCCUUGCUUCGCAGAUCGAGCUAUAUUCAAUCACUGUUCUCUUCUUUUCAAGGGAAAGUAUCAGGCUAGCUGCGCAGCGACAACCAGCUCAGGCCACAAGGGCCUCAGACACCGAUGCAACUGAUCAACGCCCUAAGAAUGCCAAAAACCAAGAAGAAUGUACUGCAAGUCAGGCUGUUGUGAACAUUUCGUAUGUUCCGAUAGCACUGGGUCUUCCCAUGGCAUACGUACUUGGCACACUCUACCUUAACUUAGGUCAAAGUGAUAACACGCUUGGCCAUAUCGAAAGAAUAAGUUUCUUGAUAGUUCAAUUGGCCACUGUGUUAGAACUACUUUCAGAACCUCUUUUUGCGGUGGUUCAACAGAGAAUGCUCUAUGGUACAAGAGCGAAAGUGGAGAUGAUUUCUUCAGUGGCUAGGGCAUUCUUUAGCUGCGCUUCUGUACUAAUUAUAAGCCGAAGCUACGGGAAUGCAGGAAUACUCCCUAUUGCGCUUGGCCAACUCGGAUAUGCCACUUUCUUGCUAGCAGGAUAUUUUGUUGCUGCUAAGCCACUAGCACAGAAACUCGGGUUCCAUUUAUAUCCUGUUCGUAUUGGCAACGUUAAUCACGCCAAUUUUGUCUUUUCAUUUAUUCCUCAACGUUUAUUAACGUUAAGCAUGAACUUGUAUAUGCAGUCAGUCGCAAAACAUAUCCUCACACAGAGUGACUCUGUCAUCCUUGCGUCGCUGGCAAGCCUUGAGAUUCAAGGGCAGUACGCAUUGGCGUCAAACUAUGGCGGCCUAAUUGCUCGAAUGGUUUUCCAGCCAAUUGAAGAAUACAGCCGCAACCUUUUUAGCAAACUCCUGGGCAUAAGAGAAGGUGGCUGCGCUGUUGACAAGUCGGUCAAGGCUGUAAAAUCACAAUUUAUCAACAUCCUACGAGGAUAUGGCGUUCUUUGCGUCGCGAUUGGCGCCGUUGGUCCUGCGGCUGUUCCCCUUGCAAUUAAGCUGAUUAUUGGCUCUCAUUGGGACUCUCCCGAAACUCAGCAGGUUUUAUCAUCGUACUGCUAUUAUAUACCCUUUCUGGCAGUUAACGGCAUUACCGAAGCCUUCGUCUCUGCUGCGGCUACAAACUCCGAGCUACGGCAACAGACCAAGUGGAUGGGGAUAUUGUCUGCGGUUUUUGUUGUCGCGGCAUACGUCUUCCUAAAAAUCACGGAGUCAGGGGUAUACGGGCUGUUAUGGGCGAACCUGGUUAACAUGGCUGCUCGUAUAAUCUGGAGCAGUUUCUUUAUCAUGCGGUUUUUUGAAAAUCAUGAUAACAAGCUCCAUGUCAGGGAAGUUCUGCCCAGUCUAGGUGUCUGCAUUACAGGAGCUAUUGGCUGGUUAUCCUUGAGGUAUACAAGCGUUCCUGGAGGCCUAGAUCUGGAAAACCUGAUUAAGGUAGCAACCACAGGAAUAUGCGUUGGGUUUUCCAUGUAA